UUUUGAAGUUUGUUGGUCUUGUUUUGCUAAGUUAGAAUAAAUUACCAGUUUUCUGUUGUGACAUUUCUUCUGUGACUUAAAGUGGAGAAGAUUAGAUGCUUCAAUUUAUUUCUUCAUUUUUUUUUUUGUUUUUCAAAGUUCUUGCAUAAAAGACAGGAAAAAGCUCAGCUGCAGUGCGUAAAAUUUUAGAUUUUUAUUUAGCCUACUAGCGUGUAGUAACUGCGUGAAAACGAGCAAAAAAUGUCUGCAGCAGCUACAAGUAGUGGGAAGGUGGAAACUGUCAACAACUCUAGGCAUGGCCUCCGGAUGGAGAGCGCCCCCUGCUUCAUCCCUAAUGACCGCAGCAAGAAAAGACUGAUUGAGGACACGCAGGACUGGCGGCCGCGUACGGGCACUACUCAGUCACGCUCCUUCCGCAUCCUGGCCCAGCUGACGGGCACUGACUUCAUGCAGGACCCAGAUGAUGAGAGCGUGAAGAGGUCCAGGGAAAAGUUUCUCAGUGAAAUUCAGAGUCCCCGCUAUGCCAGGCUUCGGGACUGGCACCACGACAGGUCUGCUCGUGCCCUCAACAUCAAAUCCUGAGUGGCCUUGGUGCUUUCGUGAUGACAGGGUCGUGAGAGGGCCCACCCGACGCACCCAACACGGCGAGAGCUUCCACAUCUAUGUAACGAACAGACUCGUGUAAUUUUCAGGAGAGAAGGCGAACAAGAAAACCCUUCUUAAUGGAAAUUAUUAAAAAAAAAAAAUAAAAAGAAUUGCAGUGUAGAGUACAAGCCAAAGAGGAGACAUGCAUACUGAGCCUACAGACAGGAUUCCUGCAACACAGUGCAUGACGGUGUUGACAGCGGUGCUGGUGGCGUUGCAGUUUUCAGCACUAGGGUUACGUUUCCGAGAUCUCUCUCCAUCUCUCUCUCCUGAUCCCACUGUGUUUUAUCUUUUCUCACUUUCUGCUCUGUCUUUGACAAGUGUACAUUUGUUUAAUCUCUCAGCAGUUUGUUUUCCGUCCUCGCUCCAAAAAAUAAGGAAAAGUUAAACACUGUUGGUUUUCUGCUUUCAUCAAUAUAUACAAUGUUUGAAAACCA